AUGUUCAUAACUUUCAUAACCAAUGAACAUGUUUGUGGACCAGAUCCCUCAGAUAUAUGGAAUUUUGCUCAUCGUACAUCUAAUGUAUCGCGCAAGCCGGAUUUACAAGAUCUGCCUGAGUCCAUAGUUAUCACACUCAACGAUUUCGUAUUGGAUGCGCUUAGCCUCGGCAACGAGGAUUUGGAGGGAUACAGAUUGAAUUCGAUAAGAAGCUUGCGCACUAGUUACUGGAUCUCUCUGGGUACAUCCGAUGAAGAACGCGAGAAAAAGUUCAACUAUCUGCUGGAGCAAAAAACUUUCUACUGCGGCCAAAUCAGGACCUGUAUCGCAGAAGCACUGUAA